AUGAAUCUCAGCACCAUUCCAUUUUUAUCUGCGCUCGGAUUAGGGAACACCUUUUACCCCCUCGAUUAUUUCGGGUUGAAUCAACAACCACAUGUUGCAAUUCAACUUGACACACUCUCAUUGAACAGCGAAGAUGCCUUCAUCAAUAUGGUCCCUGAAACACCAUUCUAUGAUAUUGAGUCCGACCAACAGGCCGUGAGAGAUGCCUUGGCCAGAAUCAAAUCGUCCGAUUUCAUCGCAUGGGACGCGUCAUUUUUCGACAUUAUCGGACCAAAUGCGAAGCUCGAGCGGAUCCAGACAUUUGGAGAGCCUGCGACGGUACACGAGGCACCGGCUUUUGUUCCUGAGACCAAUGAGUUAUUUUUCUCCGAUACUCAAAUCACGGGGUGGCUAUGGGCCAUUCACGUGGACACAUUACAGAUCCUCCCUAUGGUUGGUAUCAAGGUUUUCCCUAAUGUGCAAGCACCAGAGAUCCCUACGGAUAUAUACGUCUUCAACAUGAAAACGAAGGCCCUGAAUGUUGCCACCAAUAACGUUGUCAUCACGUCAAAUGGCCUUGUUUUCUCUCCGAAUGGCUAA